UUCUCCUCAACUACUACUGCUCAGAGUAACGCGACCGCACCAGUGAUUUCGAGAGUACAUCUCGACCCUCGCCCACCAAGAUACCUAAGGUUGGAACUAUAACCCUCCCAAUUCGCCCGCCCGGCAAAUUCAGCACCACAUGAGUUUGACAACCGUCCGUCGGCACACUUUGAACUUGUUCGACUAUCAGGAUGGCCGUCGCCGAGGUUCUGGCAUUCCGCGAGAGCUGGACAGAAGACGUUGCAUAUGGUUGGCCAACGACCCGGCCUUUGACGAGGACGACUGGGUUGGAUGAGCAGUUGAUAAAGGACUUGAGAUCGACCCUUCUGAAAGCCAGGCUGGGCCUCAUUGCAGAAUGCUGGAUUGAACUUUGGAGCAAAGCAAGGCCGCCGCCGCAUUCUCGGCCUAGCCCGUGGCCCCCUAUCAUUCUCAGGCCGACACGACAAGGCCGUCAUCCGCUGCAACCCAGUCCCCUGCCCGACGGUGACUGCAAUGCCGCGUCCCUAGAAGUCUACGACCCAACUAGCAGCGGCGCGAAUGCAUGCUAUUCCAAAUCACCUCUGGAUGGGCUUAACGCCCCGGAUGGUGUUGCUUCAGGGCCCGGCCUUGGAUACCAAAGGCGUGAAAACGAUGUGCUCGUGGACCCGAGCAUGUCUGUCUACAUUGAAUUCAGAAAUGAUGAGGGGUUCCGGCAUGUUGCAGGAAAGAAGAAGAAGAAUAAAGCGCUAGCAAAGUCGAGCAACUUCGAAGAUAACGACGAGACGAAGAAAGGGGGUGGUGAAGGAGGCGAUGAUGGAAAUAAAGAUGAUGGCAGUGCUGGCGCCGGCGGCGGAGACGCCAGCAAUUCCGGUGGUGGUGGCGGCGACGGCGCUGGCGACGGUGGCGAUGACAAGAAAGAGGACAAGAAGGCGGAUGGCGAUGACCCCCUCAUUGAAGAUGACUGGGCCACUCCCACCACUUCUAAGAAGAAGAAAGGGAAAAAGAAUGCGGCUACUUCGGUCACUACUGAUACCGCCACUACCACAGCGGCUACUAUAUCUGACGAAAAGCUGCCCGAUUUUGCCCCGCCCAGCAUAACAUCGACAGGGCUAGGUGCCUUCCACGAGAUCAAGUUAGAUUGUCUGGAGCUCUAGCUGGGAUACGGGGAGUUCCUGGGGUUUCUCUGCUGCUAAGACUUCACCCGAUGACGCCAAACCCAAGGAGGAUGAGAAAGCAGAUAACUCCUGGGGCAUCAACCGGCCAAAGCCCAAGAAAAAAGAAAUCAACAAGGAGAAGAUUGAUGCAGGUUUUGAUUUAGGCUUCCCCGUGACGUCAAAGAAGGACAAGAAGAAAAAGAAG